AUGAACUUAUUUUUAUUAAGUUUAAUAUUAAUAGUUGGAUAUUUAAUUAUUGAUUGGAUUGGAAAGAAUAGAAGGAUACAUAAGAAUGAACCACCUGGUCCAAGAGCAUUACCAUUGAUUGGCAACCUACAUCAGAUUGGCCCACUGCCUCAUAUUGGUUUCACCGAGAUGACCAAGAAGUAUGGACAUGUGUUCCGAGUGUGGCUAGGUGACAACUACCAUGUUAUUGUCGAUGAUCCUGAAGUGAUCAAAGAGAUCACUGUCAGGAACUUUGAUAACUUCACCAAUCGUCUACUAUCGCCUAGUUUCGAAGUUAUGAGCCGAGGCUACAUCAACCUGGCAGUUGGACGCGAUGACCAUUGGUAUCAUCUACGCAAACUAGUUUCCAAUGCAUUCACCAAGACCAAGAUACGCACCGUUGGCUUUGUCAUCGAAGAGCAUAUCGAUCAUCUAAUUAGAAGGAUGAAGUUAUUUGAGAAGGAUAACCAACCUUUCUAUCCUAGAUUCCAUUUGAAGAAGUAUGCUGUCAAUAUUAUAUUCAGUAUGGUGUUCUCUGAUGAGAUACCUUAUGAUGAGGAUGUCCACGAGGGCAGGAUGCAGAGUCUAUUCGUUCCAAUUGAUAAAGUGAUGAGACAUCUUGGUUCUGGCAAACUUGCAGACUGUGUCAACAUCCUCAAGCCACUACUCAAGUUCAAACAACGUACAUUUGGCACUGACAUGGACAUUGUAUUCAAGAUCACAGCAGAGAUCUAUGAUGAACAUGUUGCAACACUUGAUGAGAAUAACCCAAGAGACCUAUUUGACAGUUUGAUCAUUGACUCCAAGGGCAAACAUAGGGACUCGGUGAUCAUGGUCGGAACGGACUUUAUCAUCUCAGGAACAGAGACAAGUGCAUCUACGAUUGAAAUGUUCAUGAUGUACAUGAUCAACAAUCAAGAGGUACAGGAGAAGGUCGCCAGUGAGUUGGCCAGCAUAGUUGGAGUGGGCAAUAGAGUGUCGAUGUCACAUCGUCCCAAGUGUCCAUACACAAUCGCGGUGAUCCAUGAGGUGAUGAGGAUGAUGCCAGUGGCGGCAUUAGUGCCACGUAUGGCCAAAGAGUCGAUAAUGCUCGCGGACAAAUACUUCAUUGCCAAGGGAACACAUAUGUUGAUAAACUAUCGAUCGUGGAAUCAUCGUGAAGACCUGUGGGAGCUGCCCGAGCAGUUCCUGCCCGAGCGAUUCCUUGGACAGAGCACAGACUUCCAGCCAUUCAGCAGUGGACCACGUAAUUGUGUUGGACAGAAUCUUGCAGUUGAAGAAGUAUUCGUAGGAUGUGCCAACAUCAUUCACAACUUCCGACUCUCAUCCGUCGAUGGUAAGCCCGUUGCCGAGGAAGAGACAUUCGGUCUAACAAUCUGUCCCAAGGAAUUCCAAGUCUCUGUUCAAAGUAGAACU